CUCUCUCUCUCUCUCUUUGCCACCUCUGCUUCUUCUUCUCUCUCUGCCUCCUCUUCUUCAUCCCUCCGACACAUUCAGACGGGUCUGACUCUUGGGCUUCAUCACCAUCAUCAUCAUCCUCGGAGGAAGACGACAGGGAGCUCCCUGACCCCUCGCCCCACAGGGUCACCAUGGCAACGGUCAUCUGCACUCGUUUUACUGAAGAGUAUCAGCUGUAUGAGGAGCUGGGCAAGGGAGCAUUCUCCGUUGUGCGGCGCUGCGUGAAGGUCCUGUCGGGUCAGGAGUACGCCGCCAAGAUCAUCAACACCAAGAAGCUGUCUGCCAGAGAUCAUCAGAAGUUGGACCGUGAAGCUCGAAUCUGUCGACUACUGAAACACCCCAACAUCGUUCGGCUGCAUGACAGCAUCUCGGAGGAGGGGCAUCAUUACCUCAUCUUUGACCUUGUGACAGGUGGAGAGCUGUUUGAAGACAUCGUAGCGAGAGAAUACUACAGUGAAGCUGAUGCCAGUCACUGUAUCCAGCAGAUUUUGGAGGCGGUGCUACAUUGUCAUCAGAUGGGCGUGGUCCACAGAGACCUAAAGCCUGAGAACCUCCUCCUGGCCUCCAAGUCCAAAGGAGCGGCGGUGAAACUCGCCGACUUUGGCCUCGCCAUCGAGGUGGAAGGAGACCAGCAGGCAUGGUUCGGCUUUGCGGGGACUCCAGGUUAUCUGUCUCCAGAGGUCCUCAGGAAGGACCCAUACGGGAAAGCAGUCGACCUCUGGGCCUGUGGUGUGAUUCUCUACAUCCUAUUGGUCGGUUAUCCUCCAUUCUGGGAUGAAGACCAGCAUCGUCUGUACCAGCAGAUCAAAGCUGGCGCCUAUGAUUUUCCUUCCCCGGAGUGGGACACGGUGACUCCUGAAGCCAAAGAUCUCAUCAAUAAGAUGCUGACCAUCAACCCGGCCAAACGCAUCACAGCUGCCGAGGCGCUCAAACACCCCUGGAUCUCUCACCGAUCCACAGUGGCAUCCUGCAUGCACAGACAGGAAACGGUUGAGUGUCUGAAAAAGUUCAACGCCAGGAGGAAACUGAAGGGAGCCAUUCUCACCACCAUGUUGGCCACCAGGAAUUUCUCUGGAGGAAAGAGCGGGAGCAACAAGAAGGCCGACGGAGUGAAGGAAUCCUCUGAGAGCACAAACACCACCAUCGAGGACGAAGACACCCGAGGGAGGAAACAGGACAUCAUUAAAGUCACUGAGCAGCUCAUCGAGGCCAUCAGCAACGGAGACUUUGAGAGCUACACUAAAAUGUGCGACCCGGCUGUGACGGCGUUCGAGCCCGAGGCGUUGGGGAAUCUGGUCGAAGGCCUGGACUUCCACCGCUUUUACUUUGAAAACUUGUGGUCCAAGAACAGCAAACCGGUGCACACCACCAUCCUGAACCCUCACAUCCACCUGGUGGGCGACGAGGCCGCCUGCAUCGCAUACGUCAGGGUGACGCAGUACAUCGACUCCAACGGGACGCCUCGCACCGCCCAAUCGGAGGAGACCAGGGUGUGGCACCGCCGUGACGGGAAGUGGCAGAUCGUGCACUUCCACCGCUCAGGCUCCCCCUCCACGCUGAGCAACUAACUUCCAGAGUGAGUGGAUCUUUGAUGGGGCCACCGUCGCCGUGACAGCAGUUUGAUUGACAGCAGGCCGGGCCUCUGACACCAACCAUUCAGGAUUUUGUUUGAGGAGUUUGGAGAGGAGACGACGGGGCCAGAAAGCUUCACUCCAACAAGUGAACUGCAUUACCAACCAACCAAUCAGCUUCCUCUUCUCAGCUUGUUUGGACUUUGCUUCCGCCACGCCCCCUUGUGAUCAGCCAAUCAGAUUGUAAUAAUGUUUGGAAACCUUGUAUCUCCAGUUUGUUCGAGUUCAGGAGGUUCAAACCUUCAGAUGUUUAACAGGACCAACACCUGCACACCACAGCUCCCCCUGUGGACAGAACACGUCACUACUGUGUGUUAGCUUCACCCAGCAUGUGGUUAGCCUAGUUUAGCACAAACACUGGAAGCAGGGGGAAACUGUUAGCAUGGCUCCACCCAAACAGCCCAGUGUUGCCUCCAUCUACAUGACGUGUUGUAGCUGAUCGAGUGUAGACGUAGAAAAAGUUUCCAGCUUUCAUUUUUGCUCCUUGUUACGUUUCUCACGGAUCUACUGACCCGUUGGCUGCACAGACUUAGCUUUUAUAGUGUUCACGUUCACGCGUUGGUUACCUUUAGAUAUUAAACAGGAAGUACGAGCCUCGCCUUUAGACGUGUGGGAGAUACAAGCUUUCCUGAAACUACAGAUAUUUACAUAAAGGAACAAAAACAUA